UAUUGUUUAGCCAUCAUGUUCUACCGCCAUAGUCUAGCAACAUGAGUGUUCUUGCUCUAGAGAGUUCUUCUAACUUCAAUUCUCUGUCUAGCCAACAUGCUGAGUUUCUGGAACCAAUUGUUACAAGUCUACAAAGUCGAUCUGUUUUACUGUGGGACAAACACUAGAUUAGGCAUAUUUGAAGUGUUAAAGAUGCAGAGUUUCCAAAUGCUGAAGCGGAACACACGAUAAAACUUUUCGAUUCAUGUCAUUGCAAUUUGCAGGAAUAUCGGGGGAACUCCAAGAACAUGCUGUGGAGGAGGAGGGCCAUACAAUUACAAUUCUGCACAGGCAAGUGCCUGUCACGGCCCUUCACAAUUUAUCAAUUGGGAUGCUAUACGCUUCACUGAGGCAGCAUAUAGGUGGAUGACCAAUGAUUUGUUAAAAGGAAAAUACACCAUUCCCCAAAUAGGCACCUUGUGUGUUUCAGAAGUGUGACCUCUGUUAUUCCAACAACUACCAACCGGUCUGCACAAAUAACAAAGAUUUCCAGUGUGUAGGUAGAUUCUGCUUAUGGCGCACAUUUAGUGGUGUCCACGGUACCUAACACUCUAAAAAGAAGUAGUUCGACUUUAGUUCAAGUAUUUUGGAUGUGUAUAUAAUUUAACACACACACACAUACACAUCAUAUCAGAGAGAGAGAGAUGAGUUCAAUGGGGUGGUCUUUUCAGGCAUAUUUGAUGAACCUCAUCCUCAUAUCAGUUAUCAUCAACCCUCUUGUGCUUGGUUGCUACAAUUCAAUCAUCGGCUUUGGAGAUUCAAUUACUGAUACAGGCAACUUAUACAACAGCGAUCCUAACAGAUCUCUCAACUUCUUCCACCCGCCAUAUGGAGAGACCUACUUUCAUCAUCCCACGGGACGAUGCUCGGAUGGUCGUUUGGUCAUAGACUUCAUUGCUGAGUUUCUGGGACUUCCACUAGUACCACCUUAUCUUGAAAGCCAGAGCAGUAAUCAAAGUGUCCAGAACUUUGAAGCGGGUGUGAAUUUUGCAGUAGCAGGAGCCACGGCGUUAGAUGCUGCCUUUCUUGAAGAAAUGGGGGAUUCUGUUUCAUGUACCAACGACUCUCUAAGCAUUCAACUGGAGUGGUUCAAACAAAUGCUGCCAUCUCUAUGCAACACAUCUUCAGACUGCAACAAAGUCCUUUCAACUUCUCUAAUUCUAAUGGGAGAGAUUGGAGGCAACGAUUACAACGAUGCAUUGCUUGCAGGAAAAAGUAUAGAAAAGGUUCAAGCGUAUGUACCAUUAGUGAUAGAAACAAUUGCUUCAACCAUCAAUGAGUUAAUCGAGCUCGGGGCGGCAACACUUUUGGUACCAGGCAACUUUCCAAUUGGUUGCCUUCCUGCUUAUCUAACAAAAUAUGAGAGUUCAGAUAAGAACCAAUAUGACCCUUCAACUGGCUGUCUAAACUGGUUAAACAAGUUUUCUGGGUAUCACAAUGAUCAGCUUCAGAUAGCACUAAGUCGGAUUCGAAGGCUUCAUCCUCAGGUCACUAUCAUUUAUGCAGAUUAUUACAAUGCCAUGCUGCAAUUAUAUCAGUCUCCGGACCAAUUUGGAUUUAUUGGGGAGACUAGCAAAGCAUGCUGUGGAGGAGGAGGGCCAUACAACUACAACGCAUCCGCACUAUGCGGGGAUGCAGGGGCAAGUGCUUGUGAGAACCCUGCACAGUUUAUCAGCUGGGAUGGCCUGCACUCCACUGAAGCAGCACACAGGUGGAUAACCAAGGCUAUAUUACAAGGAAAUUACACCGUUCCACGCGUUUCCACUUUGUGUGAUUCACCAGUGUGACUGAGACAGACACCAAUAGCUAACUACUCAAAAAAAAUUAUUUAGAGCAUCCACAAUAAUGCUCCUUAUCUUCCUAGUUAAAAUUUAGUUAAAAACACUAAAAAACUACUCUAGGAGCUCCUUAUAAAAUUUCAACUCCAACAAUCCUCUCUAGGGGAAUCAUAAAUGAUUUAUAUCUUUUUUUAGUUUAGCAUAAA